GAUUUUUAUGAUCACAUCUGCUUUAAUGCGUCACUUUAUUACCACAAAUUUCAAUUUUUUUGGUAUUAAUUUCUAAAAUUAAAGGGUAAAAAUGGUCUCUUAAUUGAGUCACCAAAAUAUACAUAAGGCGAGAGAUGUCGAUCGCGUCGUAAGUCGUUGUUGGCUCGAACCAACGGAUAGUCGGUCCACGGUAACGGCGUCCGAGAUUUCCUGUGCGCUUUCUUCUUCUCCACCAUCGCUCUCGUCGCCACGCGUGCGGAAAUCUUGACGCCCCACUCUCCUUCCAACUGCCGCUAACUCGACUCCUCUUCGACCUAAUUGCCUCCUCGAAUUCCUUCGGAUGUCGACGGCGGACGACAGGACCGCCGAUGGCUCGACGACGCCCCGCCGCGGCCGCGUGUGCUUUUCCUUCGCCGCCUACGCCAAGUCCGUCGUCGCCCACCUCUGCUCCUCCGGUGUUCCUGUCGUCCCCGGCCUCUCCGACGCUGAAUUCGCCGCCGUCGAAUCCGCCUACGGCUUCGACUUUCCGCCCGACCUCCGCUCCAUCCUCUGCGAGGGCCUUCCCGUCGGCCCCGGCUUCCCCAACUGGCGCUCCGCCUCGUCGCAGCAGCUCCGCCUCCUACUUGACCUCCCCGUAGCCGGUCUCCUCCACGAGAUCGCCGCGGGGAGCUUCUGGCCUCGGGCCUGGGGCCCGCGACCCCGGGACCCUCAGGUCGUCGCAGCCGCGAGGGAUGCCCUGCACCGGGCCCCGCCACUCGUCCCUGUCUACCGGCACUACUACGUGUCGACCGCCCCGAGCCUCGCGGGGAACCCGGUGUUCUACGUACGUGGCGGCCACGUCCGGCUCGCCGGGCUCGACCUCCCGGACUUCUUUCGGCGCGAGCGGCCGCGGGGGUGGGCGGCGGGGGUUCCGGCCCCCGCGUGGGCGGCCACAUCCGCGAGGAGGGUGGAGGUUUGGACGGAGCUGGCGGAAGGGGAGACGACAGUGGAGCGGCAGCGCGGCGUUUCGCCGUGGGAGACGACGGUGGAGCGGCGGCUAGGGGAGGCGAGGCGUCGGCUGACGGAAGGGGGGUGGAGCGACGAGGAGGUGAGGGAGAUGGUGGCGGCGGGACCAGAGUCGGACGACGGGGACCGGGCCUGGUCCUCCUCGGCCGUGAACUCGGUGGUGCCGGUGCUGAGGGACCGGGAGGGCGUGUCGCGGCAGCUGCAGCUGCUGUCCCUGCGGCUGCUCCGCGGCGGGUGGAGCUACGACGACGUGGUCGAUUCGAUGGGGUGGACGCGCUCCGAGGCUGCGGGUGGUGAAGUGACGAUUGGACCCCGCACAAAGGAAGCACAGAAGCAUGGCAACCGCGGAUGACGGAAUUGUGAAUAAUACUUAAAAGAGCUUGGAAUCCUUCCAUUCUUUGCCGCAAGGGUAAAGAAACAGAGAGACAGAGAGAGAGAG